GUGUUCACGUGCAAGUUAUCAGCAAAGUGUGCGAACAAAUUUUGUCAUUAUUUAUAUCUGGAAAACACAUCUCAAGUACAAUUCUCUCUAAAAAGGACGAAUGAAAUUACCAAUGUUCAAUACAUCGCUAACACAUUGGAUUAGCCUGUCUUGAAUGCAGUGACACCGGAUGUAAAUAAAAAUCAUUUUAGCCAGCAGGUGAAGCAAGGAAGUCGAUGAAAAUGUUUUCCUUAGUUCUCUCUAAAUGUGCAUAGGUCUAACAGUAUUGAAUGAAAGGUUAGAGUAAAUUCAUUUUUACACUGAGAUGAUCCCAUAUAUGAUUAAGAUUAUUUUAGCCUUUCUGUGAAAAGAUGCCUACGCGGAUGGUUGUAAAUAAUUCGUCAGCACAGUACCACAGGUUGACAAAGAGCUCAGAUGAUGGCUUUAUAGACUUGCAGUUUGUGAGACCCCCUCCCAAAGUUCCAUGGAAAGCCAUUAGUCUUGCUGUUGUGCUCUUUGUAGUGGGGAGUAUUCUUUUAACCAUUGGUGCAUUACUUCUAAGUGGAACUUUAAUUGAUCAGAAGUAUGCAGAUAGAACAUGGCCUGUUCUAAUCCUGGGACUGCUCAUGUUUAUACCUGGAUCUUACCAUGUCAGGCUAGCGUUUUAUGCCUACCAGGGAUAUCAGGGAUAUUCAUAUAGUGACAUUCCUGACUUUGGAGACUGAAUUUUUUGUCUUCAUGCUUAGUUUAAAAAAGGGCAUAAUUUUGGUUGUAUAUAUUUUUUCAUUCAAUUAAGUUAUGUAAUGUAUUGUUGGCUUGACACGUGAUGAUGAUGAUGAUGAUGAUGAAUGUAUUGUUGAAUUUGUUUACAUCAACAUUUCACCCUCUAGGACCAGUUGCAAUCAUAAUAUGGUAGCUAGCGUUUUGAGUCUUGUGUUACUAUAAUUUGAAUAUAUUUAGUGGUUGAAAUUAUGGAGGAUCUGCAUGUAUGAUAUUAAGAAAAAAUAAAGAAAUUACAAGA